CAGCCCAGAUACCACUGCUGUUCACCUGCCUGUCUAUCUGUCCACGAUGAAGCUGAUCCUGACUCUCUCUCUCAUCUGCACUCUCUUCUGCUCAGGUAACACCUCUGACCUCAUACUGAGACGGGCAUCUACCAAGAUAAAUGGUUUCUUGACUGCAUCACUCUCAAAUGCCUGUGUUAAUAUUCAUCAUAGCUAAAUUGCUUUUACAGUUUAUUAGUACAUUUUCUUAUUUACUGUGAAUUUGUAUUCUUUUCUUGUUUUUCAGUUGAGAUGCUGCAGUGUUUCAACUGCAUUGGUGCGGAGUGUGGUACAAACCAAUCUUUAGUCACCUGUCCAGACUCAUUAAACAAAGCAUGUCUCACUGCUACUGAAACCAUAACAGGUGAGUUUAGAGUUGGUUUCCACUUCACGUUAACGCUUCAAACUAAAUUAAAUUAUGCUGUUAGCUUCCUAAUGAAGUAUGUUUUUGAACCCUCCUGUUUAAUUACAAUGUACAAUAUUUCAUGGUAACUGACUCAUGGCUCUAUGCUACCAUUUCAUUAGAUUAUGUUCUAAAUUCAUCUCUCUUUCUCCGGUUUUGUAAUGGAUCUGUUACUGGUGAAGGUUCCAUAAAUACCACCCAGACAAUCAAGGUGUGUUCACCAAUCUCCAACUGCGGAGCUCCUCUGAACUCUGAAGCCACAGUGUCAGUGAACCUGGGCUUCACAACUGUUGCCUAUAAAGCCCUCUGUUGUAACACUGAUGGGUGCAACAAAAACACUCUACUACCGCCUGGUAAGAGAACUGUGUCUUUUACCUAAAUAAGGUUUGGGUUUUGUAACAAUGUAUUUGAUGUCCUGAUUUCAGUUGUCAUAGUUUGAAGAAAUAUAUGAUCUCAAAUACACCAGCUGAGAUGUCAUGUCUGUUAUGGAGAUUUUUUCAUUUAGUACAGUUUCAAAGCCACCAAUGUCAAAGAUGGGGAAAAAAUUGAAUAAAGGCAGGAUUUACAACUACAUACUGUAGUCAGAAGUGGAGAGCCUUUGUUGCUGCCCUCUGCACCAGAGUGAGUUAAAUACAUAGCUAAAUCAAUAGAAGUGUAUUUUUCAUUUUUUUAUUUAAUCUUAUUUAUUUAAGAUUGUAGCACUUUGGUAUGUAGUCAGUCACGUAGGCAGGGUUGGAUAGUAAUGGAUUACAUGUAACUGGGAUUACUGGGAUUCCUGAUUGGACAUGUUAAAUUAAACAAUGUAUUUAUUGAAUCAUACCAUUUCAGUAAUCUAUUAGGCUACACUUCUUAAUGAAGCAUUUUAAAAUACUUUGUAAGAUGAUUAGGCUAUGACAUUGUUCCACUGCGUGACGCCGCAACAACAUUUUGGUGCGACCAAAUCAUGGGCUGGUAGCACCAACUGAGAACAUUAACAGGCUGCCCUGUGACUAUGCUUUCACACAUAAAAUAUGGAACACGUAAAUUAUAGGAUCUUUAUCCUCUUACACUAGUCCCCUUUUCUGAAAUUGUCAUUUUACUAAAUGAAAUAAUGCUAUAUUAAAAUAUAAAAUGAUGACAAAUUAUGUCUGGGUGUUAGAAAUGAAGGUAAUCCAAAUGUAAUCCAAAAGUAAUCGGAUUAUGUUACUCAUUUUGAGUAAUCCAUAGGAUUACAUUACUGAUUACGAUACUUUUGAUGUAACUGUAAUCUGUAACAGAUCAAAUGUUUUUAAGUAAUCCUCCCAACCAUCCCUGCAUGCAGUUGGGGGUUAUAACCAGUUAGGCCACUCAUCUAACUGAAGGAAAGUGAAAGUCUUUGGAGUCUUUUCACAACCUUAAUCCUAUACUGUCCAGUCCGUCUUGGGAGUUGAGCAUAUAGUUAAGACUUCAGAUAAAUUCACCACCUUUCUCAGGAGGGUUACACUGUACUGUACUGUCUCAUUGCCUCAAUUCCACUAUCAGAACAAGGACAAAUGAGAACUAAGGAGAACCAGACAACAUGGUUCCUGAAUGUGUUUCCAUUGUAUUACCAAUGAAAUCUGAACAAUAGUUAUUUAGCUACUGUAGCUAGUUAUAUUUUUAUAUUUUUAUUUAAACUUUAUUUAACCAGGUAAGCAAGUUGAGAACAAGUUCUCAUUUACAACUGCGACCUGGCCAAGAUAAAGCAAAGCAGUGCGAUAAAAACAACCACUGAGUGUAGAAUACAUAUCCACCAUAAUCCAUAUCUGUUCUCUUCCUACAGCCCCCAGUUCGCAGGCUAACGGACGACAGUGUCCCUCCUGCAGCAGCCCCCAAGACACAGUGUGUAACAGUCCUGUGGCCUGCCUGGGAGUGGAGGACAAGUGCUUUAGUACCAGUGGUGAGUUGUCUUGUGGUUGUUUUCAUGAUACAAAAGCUUAUGACAUUAGGUCAUCUCUAGAUAAUCUUCUGCUGUUGACACAAAGCAGCUAUUAUUGUUGAUUCAAAACAAUUCAGAGAUUUUAGUUGUUUUAAGAGAGAAAGGUGUUCGGAUAACUUAGUGUUUUUCUCUUUGACAGUGAAACCUGGCUCUAUCAGUUCUACUACGGUGAACCUCCAGGGCUGUACAACUUCCAACGUCUGCAAUGCUAUUGAUCAACUGCUGCCUUUAGUGAUGACCUUAAGUGACAUCAACGUUGUGAAUUUCACCUGUAAAACAGCCCCUAACACAGCCUGGUCCAUCAGACUGAGCCUAGUCCCUCUGCUGCUGGGCCUCACCAUCAGCAAACUCAUCUGAUAGGAACAGAGAUGAUAUCGGGACUCAUCUGACAACAUAAUCCAUUGAUUACAAAAUAACAGGAUGUACAAUGCUUUUCAUGUAUUGUGAAAGACGUACUUCAAGUGAAAUUAUGCUAUAUGGAAUUUGCCAGAUGAUGCCCUGUUACAUUAUAUAGUGUUCUUGUUUAAAGGUCCUGUCCUGUCCUGUGAGGCUGCCUGUUUGAUGGAAUACUUUCCUAUAUACUGUAUUACUCUGUACACUGAGUAUACAAAACAUUAAGAACACCUUCUCUUUACAUGUUAUACACUGACCAGGUGAA